CUAACGAGCCUAAUCAAUAUCUAGUUGUGAAGUUGCGCGUUUAUGGAACAGAAACCAAAGAUUUCUCAUAUCAUCCUAUCGUUUAUUUGAUCACACGGACAUGUUGUCAGCAUUGCCCUUCUACGCUUCCAGUCCUAUCUUCCAAUCUGCUCAUGGGCUUCUAAUAGAGCGGAGAUGUCAUAUGAGGUUCUUUAAAUGCCGAAAAGAAGUAAACGAACUCCUACUCCCCCACCCUUCAUGUUGUUUGAAACAUACUACGGUCGCUUGUUGUAUUCAUCAAGUUCAGGUUACUCCAUCAAUUUCACAUAGUGUACUUAGUAACAUGGAAGCCAUCCGGGUUCUAUCUGAGACCAUGCAGAGAUUUGUUUCAAGCCACACAGAAAGCUUAAUGGUGGCAGACGUGGAUCCACAAACUGCAAAAUUGUUGAUUGAGAUCACAAACACUUUUCUAUCAUCAUUUGGCUUGCUGUUCGUCCUCAGAAUAGUCAUGUCCUGGUAUCCAAAACUCCCAGUAGGCAAGCUCCCUUAUGUUAUUGCCUACGCACCCACAGAACCAUUCCUAGUCUUAACAAGGAAGGUGAUACCACCCCUUGGUGGUGUUGAUGUCACUCCUGUUGUCUGGUUUGGUCUGGUCAGCUUCUUGAAUGAAAUAUUAGUAGGUCCACAAGGACUAUUGGUUCUUCUAUCUCAACAAGUAUAGAUAUAACUGAAAUGUAAAAAAAAAUGUGAACAAUUUUUUAUGGACUAGAUAAUUAAUUUAUUUCAUUUGUUGUUUUUUCUCUCUGAAUGGUAACAUCAUAUGAUGCGGGGGAAGAGAUUAUGUUCAAAA